AGUUGUGUUUUGACGCUUUUCAAUUAACGAAGCUCAUUUUGCGGUGUGCGAACAGCGUUUAUAAUUUGUUCGAAUUCAUUCUAUCCAUCAUCCGAGCUGAGGACCAAGCGCCAAGCGCCUCCCUUCCGAUCUCAUCCGUUUCCGGCUGCUGUUGUUCGGUUUUAUUUAGUUUACCAUAAUGAAAUUGCUGAUCCUAGCCGCUUGCAUUGCCCUGGCCAGUGCUGCCCCCGAAUACUACGGAGACCACGGAUAUGCCGACCAUGGCUACUCGUACGCGUACGCUCCUGCCGCUCCGGUGGUGAAGUAUGCCGCUGCGCCGGCACCGGUUGUGCAGGUGGUGCACGCUGCUCCCGCCGUCCAUGCUGUAGCUCCCGCACCCACGAUCGUCAAAGCAGCCGUUCCGGCCGCCACCAGCUACGCUACCAUUCACCAGGUGCACGCCCCGGUGGUUCAUGCUGCCCCGGUUGUCCACGCUGCACCGGCCGUCGUCAAGUACGCAGCUCCGGCCCCGGUAGUGUCCUACGUACAGGCUCCGGCUCCGGUGGUUAAAUACGCCGCUGCACCGGCCUACGUGCAUGCUGCCCCUGCUCCGCUGGUCAAGUACGGUGGCUACCACGGAGGAUACCACGGAUGGUAACGGGGCGGAAGGGCUAACACGAUCCACAAACAAACGCAAGCAUCACUCAACAAUCACUCAGACUAACACCGCCAGUGCUCAGACUACAGAACCUUUGCCAUCUUAGUUUAGUUAAUGUUAUGCUCUUACGGAACGUUGUGUUUCUACUGUCACCGUUUUGGUUUUUUAUUUUCAUCGAUAAAAACCUUCUUUUCUUUGAGUUUUAAUUUUUAGUUUCUAGCGGUUAUAUUUUCGUAGGGAGUAAUAAAGAUGUUGAACCAAAUUGUAAUUUUUUUUAUCACAAUUUUAUUCAACCGGUUCGAUCCGGUGCGUCCUAUGAAUCCAAAGCGAAAUCAGCUUGAAGAAGUGACUGAUUACACAGUGCAACAAGUUUUGAGGUAGAAUUACGUCUCUCACGAAGUUCGUCUACUAAGAGAUGUAAAAUGAAAAACUGAAAACGAAAAAGGUGUUGAAUAUGUCCAAUUUCAAAAUCUUUUAUGCAUUCACCCAAA